AUGUGUCGGCACAUCACCUUUACUCAGCCUAAUAAUAAUAAUAAUCUUCAAAAUCAUCAUCGUGCACAGAACUCCAUUCACCACAUGGCUGUCAGGUGCAAAGACCUCAUCAACCGAGCAUCAACCAAUAUUAACACGAUGAUAGCAACGAUGGAUACUCACUCGGGGCUCAGGGGUCCGCUGGCUUUUGGCUACCAACAAACAGAAGAUAGAAUCUUACCUUCCCUUGUUCCAGGCUCGGUGCAUGGGAGGAAACGAGCCGUGUUAUGUGGAGUUAGCUACUACGGGCAGAGGUGUAGGCUAAAUGGGACGGUCAAUGAUGUUAAGUGUAUGCAGUUUUUUCUCAACCAGAGAGCCGGUUUCCCGAGUGAAUCCAUACUCGUGCUCACUGAAGAAUCUUUGGACCCAUCUUUGAUCCCGACGAAGAACAACAUUCGUAAAGCCUUACAAUGGCUGGUCCAAGGAUGCCAGGCUGGAGACUCCUUGGUUUUCCACUACUCGGGCCACGGCUCGCAAAUGGAGGAUUUCAAUGGAGAUGAAGUUGAUGGGUAUGAUGAGAUGAUAUGGCCCGUUGAUCAUCAGACGGAAGGGAAAAUAAUAGACGACGAGAUUAAUGCCACGAUCGUGAAGCCACUGCCUAGAGGAGCAAAACUUCAUGCGGUUGUAGAUGCGUGCCACAGUGGGACCGUACUCGAUCUACCGUUUGUCUGCAGAAUGAACAGGGAUGGGCUCUAUAUGUGGGAGGAUCACGGUAGAAUUUCAAGUAUCUAUAAAGGCACGAGUGGUGGACUAGCUGUGUCUAUUACCGCGUGCGACGAUCAUGAGAUUUCGUGGGAUACAACGGCCUUGUCUGGGGAUGCCCCAACUGGUGCCAUGACGUACAGCUUCAUCCAGGCGGCACAGAAUGAGCCUGGACUUACAUACGGCCGUUUGAUAAACACAAUGCGCAGAGCAAUUCGCGAGUCUGAAAUGGGAUAUUUCCCAAACGGGGGCCCUGUCAGGUCAUUCUUGAAGAGAGCUCUGAAGCCAAAAAAUCCGCAGGAGCCGCAGCUGUCCUCAUCAGAGAAAUUUGAGGUUUACUCAAAAGCAUUUUGCCUGUGA